AGUUGUCUGUUGUGCGAGGAACAUGGCGUUUCCUAUGCAGCGUGAGCUGUACCUGCCGACGGUGCCGACGCUCACGGUCAGCUCUCAGAUGCACUCUGGACUGAGCGGGCCGAGCCUUGGGAGCCAUGGCCCGAGUGGGCCUAUGGCCGCCCGCCUGGCCACGGGCAAGCAGGCUCCGGUCGCUCCCUCGCGCUUCUCCGCCGCCUCCUCCAGCUCUGCCGCUGUCACCGUCGGCUCUGGCCCCAAGACAGCCGCUUUCUCCCCCUAUGUCCUCAAUGGCGGGACGGCGCUGGCGCUGGCGGGCAAGGACUUCUGCAUUGUGGCAGGGGACACGCGCAUGUCGGCCGGGUACGAGAUCCACACGCGGAACAAGCCCAAGACGUACCGGAUCAACGACAAGUGCUCAAUUGCCAUGGCAGGGAUGCAGGCGGAUGCCACGAACCUGAUCAAGAUGCUGCGCUUCCGCAUCGCUAUGUACGAGCGCAAGAUGGGCAAGCCGAUGUCGACCCAGUCGCUGGCGCAGCUCGUCUCCACCACCCUCUACCGGCGUCGCUUCUUCCCCAUCUACGCCUUUGUCGUCAUUGGCGGCCUCGACGAGGACGGCGUCGGCUCGGUCUACGGCUACGACGCUGUCGGCUCGUUUGAGCGCUCCACUUGCUGCGUCCAGGGCUCAGGCACCUCGCUUCUCCAGCCGGUCCUCGACAACCAGUUCGACUUUAAGAACCACUCCAUCAAGCCCGACGAGCUCACCCUCGACGAGUCCAUCGACCUCGUCAAGGACGUCUUUGUCUCGGCCGGCGAGCGCGACAUCUACACCGGCGACUCGGUCGAGAUGCACAUCAUCACCGCCGACGGCGUCCGCGUCGAGACCUUUGAUCUCAAGCGCGACUAGAAGCAGCCGCGCGUGGCGGCAUGCCCCGUUGCCCGUAAAGUGACGACGGAACCAG